UUCUGAUUGGUUCGCAUAGAUUGUGCGUCUGCCAUGCCCACAAGAGACCGACUGGAUGGCAUAAAAAUGCAUGUAUGCAAAUGAUUUGCUUUUUAAAAGACCGAUUCAUCUUGGUAAAAGCGAAACUGAUUUGGGCGCUGUUUAGCAAGAGUUUUACAUGUUAUCAUGGAUGGAAAGAUAUCUAAAAGAAGGCGGUAUCAGUCCAACAAAUCUAUGAAGCACCUUUUGGAAAGGCAAAGGCGAGCCAGAAUUAAUCACAGUUUGAGCGAGCUGAAGAGCCUGGUUUUAUCGGCAAUCCACCAAGGGAAUCCCCAAGCAGAUUUGAAUGGCUGCGAGAAGAUGGAGAAAGCGGAGAUUCUGGAGCUUACAGUGAAUUAUAUAAAAUCUAUAAACACACGAGGAAAUAUUGGUGAUUGGAAGAGGGAUUGCACAUCACGUAGCAACCCUGGCUGCAAUUGCUUCAGCCAUAGCGCAAGAAAAGACAAAAGCACCGAAAUUCUAUGCAGAGAUAGCUUACAAAACUACAGAACACGUCGUACCACGUCUUCAUCGACAGCAGUGCCUUCCAGCUACCAUUGUGCCAACGGAAAAGUGUAUUGCACAUGCGUCAGCAGUGUCCAUUACGAGUUUGCGACGUCGCCAUUAUCUCCUGAGAUGUCUGGUGCUGGUGUAAAUUCACAGUAUGGCGCACGUGCGCAAGCAGAGAGCAUACGUCAAUGGAAAAGCCCGCCUACUGGCAGUAUUGCUAGCCCAGCACCGUCGACAUUGAACAAGGUGUGGCGACCAUGGUAGUCAAAUUAUUAAAAARUAAAUAAACACGGAGAAAACAUAGAGACAAACGAAAAUGAUAAAAAUAGCACUUAAAACAAAAAAGAGCAAAUGAACUCAAGCUAAUACUAAUUAUUAAUCGAUUUAGUGAUGGUUUCCAUAAAUCCGUGAAACCGAAUUAAAGAAUACAAAUUAGAGUGAAGUCAAUCAACCUGUGAAACAAAGUUGGACUAUUUAAGUGUGAUUGUUAAAUGCCACAAAAGAAAACGAUGGAAUUAGAGCGUCGAUUCAUGAACGUUGUUCGAUCUUGACUUUUUUGCGCUAUUUUAUGCAAGAUUUAGUAACCAUUCCUAGAAAACCGGGCCAUAGAAAACGUUGAUUCAAAAGGAGUUCCGCUAUCAUUUGUACAUUGAUUUGUAUAAAUUAAUUGUGAAUUUAGRCAAUUUCACGGUUUAAAUGCCUUCACUCUGAUCUAUUUCACAGUUUUUUGGACUUUCUUUCUGAAAGGAAUAGUUGUAUAGUACGUUUUUGCUGGUUAGUAAAGAAAACCUUAUGAUGAUAUGAGCUAUGGCAACCUCGAUGAAAUAUUAAAAAUAUAGUUACAGGAGAUUUAGUAGUUGGAAGAAUUGAAGUAAAAAGUCGUAGGAGUGUCGCUCAAAGAGCACGUAGGUAAAUAAAGAAUAUUGUCAAUAGAUUAAUUAAUACACAUAAUUAUUAAUUGUAAGUAAAUAAUGAUUAAUAAUAUUAAACCAGGUGUAGAAGUA